GGGGCGGAGCUUGGCUGGGGCUUUAAGGGGCGUGCCCGCGGGCGGCCGGGGUCCUCGGGAGAUUAGCGCAGGGUGGGCUCGCGCCUCCCGCCGCCAUUUCUCGGCGUCUCUGGAGACCCGUCCUCGCGCCGGGCCGCCUCGGCGUCUUUCUCCAAGAGCCGCGCGCGCCAGUCUUCGCGGUCUCCGCUGGCGCACGGUCCUCACCGCCCCCCAGUCCAGAAAUGCUGAGUUUCCUGCGGAGAACGCUUGGCCGCCGGUCUAUGCGCAAACAUGCUGAGAGGGAGCGACUCCGAGAGGCACAACGUGCUGCCACACACAUUCCUGCAGCUGGGGAUGCCAAGUCCGUUAUCACAUGCAGGGUGUCCCUUCUGGAUGGCACAGACGUUAGUGUGGAUUUGCCGAAAAAAGCCAAAGGACAAGAGCUGUUUGAUCAAAUUAUGUAUCACCUGGACUUGAUUGAAAGUGACUACUUUGGUCUGAGGUUCAUGGAUUCAGCCCAAGUUGCACAUUGGUUGGAUGGUACAAAAAGCAUCAAAAAGCAAGUAAAAAUUGGUUCACCCUAUUGUCUUCAUCUUCGGGUUAAGUUUUAUUCUUCGGAACCAAAUAAUCUUCGUGAGGAGCUAACCCGGUAUUUAUUUGUUCUUCAGUUAAAACAAGAUAUUCUCAGUGGGAAAUUAGAGUGUCCCUUUGAAACAGCAGUUCAGUUGGCAGCUUAUAAUCUGCAAGCUGAACUUGGUGACUAUGAUCUUGCUGAACAUAGUCCUGAACUUGUAUCCGAGUUCAGGUUUGUGCCCAUUCAGACUGAAGAGAUGGAAUUGGCUAUUUUUGAGAAAUGGAAGGAAUACAGAGGUCAGACACCAGCACAAGCUGAAACCAAUUAUCUGAAUAAAGCCAAAUGGCUAGAAAUGUAUGGGGUUGAUAUGCAUGUGGUCAAGGCUAGAGAUGGCAAUGACUAUAGCUUGGGACUAACUCCAACAGGAGUCCUUGUUUUUGAAGGAGAAACCAAAAUCGGCUUGUUUUUCUGGCCUAAGAUAACCAGAUUGGAUUUUAAGAAGAAUAAAUUAACUCUAGUGGUGGUGGAAGAUGAUGAUCAGGGCAAAGAACAAGAGCAUACCUUUGUCUUUAGGCUGGAUCAUCCUAAAGCCUGCAAACACUUGUGGAAAUGUGCUGUGGAGCACCAUGCCUUCUUCCGCCUCCGAGGACCCGUCCAAAAGAGUUCUCAUCGAUCAGGAUUCAUUCGACUAGGAUCACGAUUUAGAUAUAGUGGAAAAACAGAGUAUCAGACCACAAAAACUAAUAAAGCAAGAAGAUCGACUUCCUUUGAAAGGAGGCCCAGCAAGCGGUACUCCCGACGGACCCUACAGAUGAAAGCAAGCACAACAAAACCUGAAGAUCUUGGUGUUCAUAAUGCUUCAACCCAGAAUAAUGAUUCCCAGCAGGCUUGGGGAGUGAGGUCUCCUGUGCCUGUGGCUUCUUCCUCAUCCUCUGGUCCUGUGCUGGUAGAGAUAGAGAAUCUUCCACAGAACUCUGCAGCAGACCAACACGACAGGAAAUGCUUGCCUCUGAAUAUUGAUUUACUAAAUAGCCCAGCCUUACUAGAAACAACCACUGGUGGUGUAACAAGAACUUCAAAUACUUCGGAAACAUCCCCAGCACCAGAUAACAUUAAUGUAGCCACCAGGUCAAAUGAAUUAGAGCCCAAAGUUGAAUGUGAGACAUUAAAAGAUGACACCGAAAAGCUCAAACAGCUUGAAAUGGAGCAGAAUAUCUUGCCAUGUCCUCGACCUACCAUUGACAUUAAUGUCAACAGCCAGGAAGAAGUGAUAAAGUUGACUGAGAAGUAUCUUAAUAAUGCCAUUGAGAGCCCAGGAUUGAAUGCAGUGAGGGUUCCUCCUGACUUCAAGAGUAAUAUUUUGAAGGCUCAAGUAGAAGCUGUACAUAAGGUUACAAGAGAAGAUAGUUUAUUAACUCAUAAAAAUGCCAGCGCUCAGGAUACUGCCACAAACAGUACUGUAUUAAAUGAAAAUAACAUGGGCCUCUGCAAAGAUUCCCUCACGAUGGUGCAUGCAACAGCUGCUGACAGUGGAUCUGUACUAAAGGAGGCUACGGAUGAACUCGAUGCCUUACUUCUUUCUCUAACUGAGAAUCUGAUGGAGCACACAGCCACACCCCAGGUGUCUUCAUCAUCCAUGAUCACACCCCGGUGGAUUAUUCCACACAGUACUGCCAUCUCCAAUGGGCUCGCAGGACGUGGAACAGCCUUGGCAGGGACAGAAGGAUGUGGUGACAAAGUUGGAUUCUCACUGAUUUCCCCCCCAGCACCAUUCUUGGUAGAUGCUGUGACCAGCUCUGCCCCUCCCUUGGUUGAAGACUCAGCCUUGAAGCAGAAGUGCUUGCUGACUACUGAGCUCUGAGGGCUGCCAUGCCCGCCUGUAACUGGAAUGCCCCGGCCAUCCUAGUCAGCCCUGGAUCCAGCUGAGUGUGUCCUUCUCUUGGGUAAAACCUUCUACCCGGAUUUGACUUUAACUCCAUAAAGAAGGUAGCUACAUUUUCCGUCCAACUGGAAGUCUACCCCACAAAGCUGUUUAACUGAAAAUACCUCCUCCUCUUCCUUUAAUUUUAUUCACAUUGCCAAUUCCUAAGUCAAUGAGAUUCACUGGUUUCCUUAAAACUCUUGGCUCCAUCUAGUGGUUGCAACUGUAAAUAACUUAGGGCAAGGCUUGCUGUCCGGAGCCUUUCCCUUUCUGGUUCCCUGUACUGCCAGGGUGAGCACACCUGACCUGCUGGAAAAACGAAUGCCACUUUACUGUGUGUUACCUGGAAAUCAGAAUUUAGGAUAUGGAUAGAAACACUGUAGGUAGAUCCCAAGCCAGCUCUCACAUUCUAGGAUUCUUAGAGAAGCUAAGAACACAGAGGGUUGAAGAUGUCAGCCACACUUUAAAUUCUGUGCAGUAAUGAUCUCACUGCUCCAAAUUUGCAUCAAAGACAAAUUUUAGGAACUACAGAGAGAUCAGUUUCUAUGGAAAUGGACUUUUCAGACCCAUUUCCUAUAGGAAGCCUCUCCAUCACUCACCAGUGUGUAACUCUGCAGCCUGAGCCAGUGGGAAACUCAGCCUUAAUAAGCUUACCAGUCGUGAAGGUCAGUGCGGCAGUGCUCCAGUCAGUACCUGUUCAGGCAGAGCCUCCAUUUCCUUUCAGUAUACACUAAAUUUAUGGCUUUCAAGCUGACAAGAAAAGAAAAGCAUCUGGCAAGCCUGGGGAAUGGUGGCCGAGGGAUUAGGUUCUUGAAUGAGUAUCACUGAGGAAGCUUGCACAGUAUAACGAGUGAAGUCAACUUACAUUAGGGGCUUUCUUUGUAUUCAUUUUUAGAGUUCUCUAGAAUUCCCCAUUCUCUUAGCCUCUAGCAACAGAAGUUCUGAUGUUAAAGUAGUACACACUCACCAUAUAAAAGUAAAUAUGUAUGCACCUUUAAUCCCAGCACACAGAAAUGACAUUAAAGUAGCUUUAACUGCUUGGGCUGAAAGAUGGGGACCUCAGUUGCCAUAGGGAAUGAGGAUGAUAUACAGGCAUUGGUAAAACCAUUGGUGUUCCUUGUUACCAAGCUAUAUCUCCCGGAGUUGAGCACGCAUUCUUCUCAGCUAGGAGCACAUCUGGCUCUGUGGUCUUUAAAAAGCUGUGAUUUAGACUACCCUGGCUUUCCUGUAACAUACCAUGUACUCAGGCAAACACGGGUGUCUGUCUGGGAAGCUCAGGGGGGUUACAGUUUCCAGGGGAACUGGACAGUUUAGAAGCCACUUUUGCUAAAAGAGACAAGAGUUGCCCUUCUUGCCCACUAUCUCCCCUUGGCCAGCAGCACAGCUUGUGCGAUCAUUGGCAGUGUUUUUGACAGUACUCAGUGAUAAUCAUUUCUAACGGUAUGACACCUGGAACCAGGGCCUUGACCCAGGACACACAGGACUUGGUGUCAGAUUUCCAAUGUCUAGAAGUCUUGGAUGACCUACAAGAUUAGCUGUUCUGCUAACACACACAGCUAAAGCAUGGUGGCUUAGAAGUCCUAAAUGUCCUAUACUGUUUAGGAGCGAGCACUGUCCCUUCAAGAUUGAAUAGCUGAAAGUACCCCGUAGCAUUUAUGUCUCCAGGUACCUGAAUUCUUGCCAGUCAAAAUGUUUGCUAGGGACUUAGUGAGGAUUCGCUUGGCUCUCCACUAAAAAGAAAUACUAUGUCUUAGUGUCAGGUAGUAAGCGUAGACGCUAAUACUUAAAUGAUGAGUUUGCCCAAAUGGGUUAAACACUUGUCAGAUGUUUCCUGUUCGAUUACAGCAAGCAGUACUCUGCUCCUCUGAGAAUGGUAGUGGUCUAGUGAGACAGGCCCGAGGGCACCUGUAGGUUAGGGGUGGGAGAAGUACUUGCUGAUGGUGAAGCUGGAGGUGGCAACUGGCAGUGUAAGGCUGCCUUCGGGGCAGGGGAGGGAGUGUCUGGACAAGGUUCACAUGUGUCCCUGGCUGGGGUAGGGACUUGGCAUGGCAGUUUCCAGUAAGAUGUGAAGGUAUCAGUUAGGAAUCCUAGGCUCCACCUCAGCACUUGGAAAGGAGUGUACCUCUGAGGGAGGAUCUGGAAGCUGACAGCUUGUGUGUAGCAAUCCUUUCCGCACCGGCGGCACUUUCGGUUAUUUCAUUGCUGUCCUCAGGAGGCCGCUGAAGAGAGCAGCACACAGACUGCUUAGCCUUCUAUCUGACAGUCCUGCUGACUGUGCCCAGGCUUUGCACAGGCUCAUCUGGGGGUGAGAUCUCUGAGCUAUUAGUAGGAUCCACUGCUUGUUCUUCUCAGUUCUGGCUAAAACUUGGAUCUCUCUACUCUUAACUGAGCCCCAGAAAGUUCUGCUGUCCCUUGCUAGAUUAUUUGCUAGUUGCUAAACUGGCAAAAAAAAAAAGGGGGGGGGUGUCUUUCCUUUCUUCUUCUUCUUUUUUUUUUUUUUUUUUUUUUUUUGAGACAGGGUUUCUUUGUGUAGCCUUGGCUGUACUGUAGACCAGGCUGAUCUCGAACUCAGAGAUCCUCCUGCCUCUGCCUCCCAAGUGCUAAGUUUAAAGACAUGCCUGGCAACUUGGGUGUUUUCUAAGUAAUGGUCUUGUCUUCUCCUUCAGCAAAUAUAUACUCAUUUGUUACUUUACUUUGUUUUGAGACAGGGUCUCACCAUGUAACCCAGUAUGGUCUUGAAAUCCUAGCAGUCCUCCUGCCUCAGCUUUCCAGACGCUGAGUUGUCAGUCAUGAACCACCAAGCCUAGCAUAUACUUGUUCUGACAAGUUUUUUGUUUGAUUGGCUUUGGUUUUGAGUUAUUAGGGAUCAGAGCCAGUACCUUGAGCUAGGAAUGGUGGCAGGUGCCUUUAAUCCCAGCACUCAGCAGGCAGAAGCAGGUAGAUCUCUGUGAGUUGCAGGCAGCCAAGGCUACAUAGUGAGGCCCUUGUCUCACUCUGCCACCAAGCCAUGUCACCAGACCCAGUAAGUUUGUUCUAUGGAGAGCCAGAGAUAGAAAAUACUUGACCGCUCAGUUCUGCUGGUGUUGUACUGCAGCAUCAGAGGGCAGACUCCCAUCACUGUUCGCUAGAGCUCAUCCACAGCGAAGCUCUAAGUGCCGGUUCCCAGCUCUGAACACAGUGGAGUGCUGCCUGGAGUUGAUGCCCUGCGCACCAGCAGCCACUCGAGGCAGGCAGCACUCCAGGACUCUGCUUGUCCACGAGCUGCAAGAUGAGAUGGUGGGUCUCAGCUAUGGAGUCUUGGUGAGAUACUAUUAUGUACUCUGUCUCUUGGCCAUUCAGUUGACUGGAAACUUGCUUACACCUGUGUAAUAAAGAAUGUGUGUUUAUA